UUCUCUAGAUUCUCUCUCAUCAAUCAAUUCGAUAAGAGAGAAGAGAGAAUCCCUUUGCUGGUUUACGCUAACCUGAGAUCAGAAAAAAAAUACCCUUUUUCUACUCUGCAUCUUCUCAUCUAAACAGGGACCAUGAUUAAGUUGUUCAAAGUAAAAGAAAAGCAGAGAGAACAAGCUGAGAACGCAAAUGGAAAGCCACCAGUCAAGAAACAAAGUCCUGGAGAGUUGCGUCUUCAUAAAGAUAUAAGUGAGCUAAAUCUACCCAAAACAUGUAGCAUAUCAUUUCCCAAUGGAAAAGAUGACCUCAUGAACUUUGAAGUCACCAUUCGGCCUGAUGAAGGAUAUUAUAUGGGUGGCACAUUUACGUUCUCUUUCAGUAUUUCUCCAAUAUAUCCUCACGAGGCACCAAAGGUUAAGUGCAAGACAAAGGUUUACCACCCAAAUAUCGACUUGGAAGGAAAUGUGUGUCUCAACAUUCUUCGAGAAGACUGGAAGCCUGUGCUCAACAUUAACACCAUUAUCUAUGGCUUAUAUCAUCUGUUCACGGAGCCGAAUCAUGAGGAUCCCCUCAAUCACGAUGCAGCUGCUGUAUUGAGAGACAACCCGAAGAUGUUUGAAUCCAAUGUCAGAAGGGCAAUGCAUGGGGGCUAUGUCGGGCAAACGUUCUUCACCCGUUGCAUGUAGCAUCUUCAAGGCUGAAAGAAUAGAGAGAGUCUGUAAAGUUUGGAUGCAAAAUUAUUUCAGGUGAUCUUUCUGCCUCAGAUUGGAUUCAAAUGUCUUUAAAUUUAAGUCGAACCAGAAAAAAAUUCCUGUACGCUAAGUGUAACUCUGCAAUUUGUUUUUCGGAUACGUUCAUGUAUAAGUAAAAGACCAAUGAUGUAGACCUAUGUUUUGAUGAACUUUCUGCACAAUUUGAAUUCAUUUUCACAACAUC